CAAAUUUCCUGCAUGUAAAUUUCUCUGAGGUUUAAAGAUCUCCAUUGUGAUUUAUCGCAUUAGAGAUUUUAAGUUGAUAAAGGAGUUGAUAUCAAUAAAGGUCAAUGGUGUCAAUAACGCGAAUACUUUCAACUGGAUUAAUAUUUGGAUAUCCCAAUCAAGUUAGUGAGGUUGCUUCUCCAGAUUUGGCAGCUAAAGAACAAUAUAAUGUGGUAAAAUAUUUGGCUGCAGCUGGACCCUACGUUCAACAUCCAGGGUAUGGUAUAAGCACUGAUAUACCGAAAGGAUGUACUAUAGAGCAAGUACAUUAUUAUCUGCGACAUGGUGAGAGAUUUCCUGGUAUAGGAGAAGGUAAAACUCAUGAAAGUAUAAUUGAGAAGAUUUUAAAAACUCCUGGUCAGUUGAAUGGAGAAUUAUCGUUUCUAAAUUAUUAUAAGUAUUAUGUUAGCAGUGAUGAUUUAUAUGAAGCAGAAACAACUCCAGAAAAUUCAAUUGGACCGUAUAAUGGACAUGAUACUGCUGUUCGAGCAGGUAAGGCAUUUAGGCAGAAAUAUGCCGCAUUGAUAAAUAAAGAUCAACCACUUCCCAUAUUCAUAGCAGCUUCUCAAAGGGUUUAUGAUACAGCGAUCAAUUUUGCUAAAGCAUUUCUUGGUAGUGAUUAUUCUUCAAAGAGAGUGAAGCAAGUAGUGAUAUCAGAGGAUAGUAAAUUUGGAUUAAAUUCUUUGGUCCCACGUUGGGGUUGCCCUUCAUUUGAUUCUGAUGCUCAUAAGGCAACAGUCUUGUCUACAUUCCCAAAGACGUAUCUUGAAGAUAUAAUAUCCAGAUGGAAAGAAUCAAAUCCAGAACUUGAUUUAAACACGGAAGAUAUAUAUCACUUGUUUGAAAUAUGUGGAUAUGAGUUGAACUCUCGUGGGUAUUCACCUUUCUGCAACAUAUUCACUAAAGAUGAGUUUGUCACCUAUAGCUACAAUCGAGACUUGGAAUUUUAUUAUUCUUCUGGCCCAGGGGGUCACAAUGCCGUCAAUGCAGGGGCUAUCCAAUUAGCAGCUACUGUGAAAUUAUUAGAAGACGAUAAUGCUUCGAAUAAGAUUUGGCUUUCGUUUACACAUGAUACUGACAUUGAAUUAUUCUCAACCGCGUUGGGAUUGUUCGAUACAAUAAAUCCAAUGCCAAUGGAUAAAAUCAGAUUAACUGAUACCUAUCAUCAUGUUAAUGUUGUUCCUAUGGGAGCACGUUUUAUAACUGAGAAGUUGAAAAAUGAACAUGGUUAUUACGUAAGAUUUAUUGUAAAUGAUGCAGUUAUACCCGUACCAAGCUGUUCGAAUGGUCCAGGUUUUUCUUGUCCUUUUGAUCAAUUCAAAGACUAUAUUAAUAAAAGAAUAGGUCACCUAGAUCUUGCAAAAGACUGUGGAACAGCAGCUAACGUUCCACAAAAGUUGACGUUCUAUUGGGAUUAUAAUGAGGUUACAUAUGAUGCGGAAGCACUUAAAGUAGUACCUUAGUUUAGUAAAUUAGUAAAUACAAACAAUAUAAAUAACUAUAUUAAUUACGAUUUACGAUUUGGAAAUAAAUUCGCAGUCGCUUCAAGAUUUUUUUUUUCUUAGUAACGAAGCACGUUUAGCAUCAAGAUAUGAAAAUAUGCGAAUCUUUUGAAUACAUCCAUCAUGGUACACUUUUA